AUGUUGAGUGCUAACUUAGAAUCGCACAAUAUCAAGAUACUUGACUCUGGUUAUUUUGGUCGCGGUAUCUACCAGGGAUUUGCAGCCGAUUAUGCCAUUCACUAUGCUGAAUUUUAUAAACAUUCAGACGAAAUUAUGCUCAGUGCUGUGUUGCCAGGUCGAUCAUAUGUUGUCAAGAAAGAUGGCGAAAAGUUUGGCCGACAAUGUGAACCAGGCUUUAACUCACACAUAUCACCAGAAGUCAAAGAAAUUGUAUUGUUUCAAUCGGCCCAAAUAUUGCCUAUGUUUAUUAUUCGCUUUGUACGCGUGCCCAAUGCACAAAUUGUUGAAGAGAAGCCAUAA